AUGGUCGGACUUGUAUCGGCCGCCGGUCUUGUCGGCUUCCUUUCCGAGCCGGACCCAGAGCUUAAGGUCUUUGCUUUGAAGACAUUAGAUUCUCAGAUUGAUCAUCUCUGGACAGAAGUUGUAAACUCUCUUCCUGAAAUCGAGGCUCUCUACGAAGAUGAGUCAUUUUCGGAGCGCGGGCUAGCAGCGCUAGUGGCAUCUAAGGUAUACUAUCAUCUGCAGGAAUAUAACGAGAGCAUGGUUCUUGCUCUGGGCACGGGAAAGUUGUUCAAGUUGGAGAACGGCGGCGAAUACGAGGAGACCAUUAUCGCGAAAUGCGUUGAUACCUUUAUCUCCCUAUCUGCUGCCCAACGACCUUCCGCCGGUGACCAAUCUGCCAAUCUGAACACCGCAUUCCCAGCAUCGGGCGAAGGUGCCACAAGCACAUCUGCCAGUCUCACCUCACCUAUCACACCAUUCUCCAAAUCCGCAUUGCCCUCGAAAUCAUUGCUCUCUCGUGCAGAGGUUCCUGGCGUCGAUGCCGCACACCCCGGUGGCGACGACACUAGCGUUGUGCACGAGGAGACAUCCCUUGUGCUGAAGCGCGGUGUCCAGGGCCAAUUGCAGAAUGUUAUCGAGCGACUGUUUGAAGAAUGUUUCCGACAGAAGCGAUACCGUCAAGUGAUUGGAAUUGCCAUCGAGGCAAAGAGCUUGGAUGUCCUCCGCAUGGCCAUCCUUCGCGCUAGCAACGACGAGAAGCAGCAGGAUGGCGAUUCUCGCCGCAGUGAAGAGCUCAUGGAAUAUGUCCUGGAUAUAUGCAUGGGCAUCGUCCAAGAACGGGCAUUCCGUAGCGAGAUUCUCAAACUUAUCCUGGAGCUCUUGAAUGAGAUUCCCGCACCCGACUUCUUCUCUAUCGCCAAAUGCGUUGUCUACCUUAACGAGCACUCGAUGGCCUCGAAUAUCCUUCGUCAGCUGGUAGAGAAAGGUGAUGCGCGCUCUCUCGCCGUUGCCUACCAGAUUUCCUUCGACCUUUACGACAACAGCACCCAGGAAUUCCUCAAAAAGGUUCGCCAAGAGAUUGCCGAACUUGUUCCCGAGGACGAGACUGAGAAGGAGAACAACGAGGACGAGAUCGAGCCCACCGAGUCCGAUUCGCUAAUUCAGAACCAGGGAAGCUCUUCGCGGCCUUCUGAUAAGCAGUCUGACCUUUCGGAGGACGCGCUUACUGCGUUCAAGAACAUUCUUCAGAUUCUCGAUGGUAUUAAGACCAUUCAGUUGAACCUGGAAUUCUUAUACCGCAACAAUAAGGCCGAUAUCGCGAUUCUGAACAAGAUUCGUGACAGCCUAGAGGCUCGCAAUUCCAUCUUCCACACCGCUGUUACCCUUUCAAACGCCUUCAUGCAUGCCGGAACCACCCAUGACAAGUUCUUCCGUGAUAACCUGGAGUGGCUCGGCAAGGCUGUAAACUGGUCAAAGUUCACAGCCACUGCUGCAUUAGGUUGUAUUCACCGCGGUAAUUUGAGUCAGGGCCAGAAGCUUCUUCAGCCUUACUUGCCCCGUGAGCACAUUGCCGGAGUAGGUGGUUCAGGAUCUGUCUACAGUCAGGGUGGCUCCCUCUAUGCCUUUGGUCUCAUCUACGCCAACCACGGAGGCAUGGCCGUUGAUAUUAUCCGCGAUCACUUUAAGAAGGCUACUGAAGAAGUUGUUCAGCACGGAGGUGCUCUCGGUCUCGGUGUUGCUGGUAUGGCCACCGGCGAUGAAGGCAUCUACGAUGACCUGCGCAGUGUUCUUUACACUGACUCCGCCCUCAACGGUGAGGCUGUCGGUCUUGCUAUGGGUCUCAUCAUGCUUGGCACCGGUAACAUGCGGGCUCUGGAGGACAUGAUCCAGUAUGCACACGAGACACAGCACGAGAAGAUUGUUCGUGGUCUUGCCAUGGGUAUGGCGUUGAUCAUGUAUGGACGACAGGAAGCUGCCGACGAGCUGAUCAACGGGCUCCUUGGCGACCCUGACCCAACUCUCCGAUACGGUGGUAUCAUGACCAUUGCCCUGGCCUACUGUGGAAGUGGCAGCAACAAGGCAGUCCGCAAGCUUCUGCACGUUGCUGUUAGCGAUGUCAACGACGAUGUGCGCCGAGUUGCCGUUCUCAGUUUGGGUUUCAUCUUGUUCCGCAAGCACCAGAGUGUUCCUCGCAUGGUUGAGCUGCUCUCCGAGUCAUAUAACCCCCACGUCCGAUACGGUGCUGCCAUGGCCCUUGGUAUCUCCUGCGCUGGAACCGGCUUGGACGAAGCCAUCGACCUCCUGGAGCCUAUGCUCAAGGACUCGACCGACUUUGUUCGCCAGGGUGCUCUGAUCUCCCUUGCCAUGGUUCUCGUUCAGCAGAAUGAGGCCAUGAACCCCCGAGUCACCAGCCUCCGUAAGGCCAUGAUGAAGAUGCUCGGUGACCGCCACGAGGAUGCCAUGGCCAAAUUCGGUUGUGCUAUCGCUCUCGGAAUCAUUGAUGCGGGUGGCCGUAACUGCACCAUCAGUCUGCAGACCCAAACAGGCAACCUCAACAUGCCCGGUAUCGUCGGUGCCGCUGUCUUCGUGCAGUACUGGUACUGGUUCCCUCUCACACACUUCUUGUCGCUCAGUUUCACCCCCACAUCCGUGAUUGGUGUUGAUCAGAAGCUCGAGGUCCCUCACUUCAAGUUCCACAGUAACACCCGUCCCAGUCUCUUCGACUACCCACCUGAGCAACAGGUGAAGACUGAGGAGGCUCCGGAGAAGGUCAAGACCGCCGUCCUUUCUACUACUGCACAGGCCAAGCGUCGUGCCCAGCGUAGGGAAAAGCAAGCCCGUCGCGAGAGCAUGGAUCUUGACCAGGCACCCACAACGCCCAAGGCAACCGAUGCUGAUGCCAUGGAUAUGGACGAUGUCCCCAAGGAGGAGGGCGACGAAGUCAAGGAGACGGAGAAGAGUGCUGCUGAGAUACAGAAGAAGAAGGCGGAGCGUGAGAAGGUCGGAUAUGAGCUCGACAAUCUGUCAAGGGUACUCCCAGCUCAACUCAAGUAUCUCACAUUCCCCGAUCCCCGCUACGAGCCUGUCAAGAGGCCCACUGGCGGCGUCGUUGUCGUUCUCGACAAGCAGCCCGAAGAGGAUCGCGAGGUCUUCGAACUCAAGGCCAGCAAGGAAGUGCGCCAACCGCCUCCCCCCACCGAAACCCUCCAGGAUCGCCUACAGGCUGCCAUUGGCACUGCCGCCCUCCAGACCCCCCAACGGGCCGGUGCUCGGGCUGCUCUGUCCGCUGCCACGAGCGCACCUGCUGCCCCCGCAGCAGUGGAUGAGGACUAUCCAGCUGUUGAUGCUCCUGUCCCUGAAGAUUUCACAUAUGAGUCGGAGGAUGAGGAGUAG